AAAAACCCUUGUCGAGCAAAGCAAAUCUCUCUUUUUCCUCUUAACGCGAUUUACAACACAACUGUCUCGUCUCGUGUUCCCACCACCCCAUAUAUAACCCUUUCUUUUCUCUUCUUUUCUCUCUCUCUCUCUCUCUCUCUUCCCAAAGAAAAAUCCAUCUUUUUUCUGUGUGAUCAGAGGGGUAACAACGAUUGCUUCUUCAAUUCUUUCUAGAAUAUAACUGGGAUUCGAUCAAGUCACGCACUUUUCUUCGAUUUGAAUGGAGGGUCAUCAUCUCCAUCGCCACCAUGGGCAACAACAACAGCAACAAAGGCUUCAGCCUCAGAAUACGAGUGCCAACGUUGAUGCCACUGAUAGGUUUCCCCAAUGGAGUAUCCAAGAGACUAAGGAGUUUCUCGUGAUUCGUGCAGAGCUGGAUCAGACUUUCAUGGAGACUAAGAGGAACAAGCAGUUGUGGGAAGUGAUCUCGACGAGAAUGAAGGAAAAGGGUUACCAUAGAAGUGCAGAGCAGUGCAAGUGCAAGUGGAAAAACCUCGUUACUCGCUACAAGGGGUUUGAAACAAUGGAGCAAGAAGCGACGAGGCAGCAAUUCCCAUUUUACAAUGAAUUCAGUGCGAUUUUCACGGCAAGGAUGCAGAGAAUGCUGUGGGCUGAAGCUGAGGGUGGGUCGAAGAAGAACAAGGGGACGCAGCUCUCAUCGGAUGAGGAAGAAGAUGGCUAUGAAGAGAGUGCAGAAGCUGGUGGGGGAAGAAAGAAGAAAAAAGCAAAGAUAGCUAGUGGGGGUGGUGGUGGUGGUGGUAACAGUUUGAACAGUUUGAAGGAGAUUUUGGAGGAGUUCAUGAGGCAACAGAUGCAGAUAGAAGCACAAUGGAUGGAAGCAUUUGAAGCAAGGGAAAAUGAGAGGAGGUUGAAGGAGAUGGAGUGGAGGCAAGCCAUGGAAGUGUUGGAGAAUGAGAGGAUAAUGAUGGAAGAAAGAUGGAGAGAAAGAGAGGAACAAAGGAGGAUCAGAGAAGAAGCUAGGGCUGAGAAAAGGGAUGCUCUAAUCACAGCUUUGUUAAACAAGCUAGAGAGGCAAGAAAUGUGAUGAAGAUGAAGAUGAAGAUUUCAAGACUUUAUUCAGUCCCAUGAUCUCCACACAUUUGAAGAGGUUAGUGUUGGAUUGUUCACAAGAAAAUACAAAUAUAGUGGGCACCAAGAAAAAGGCAAGAGAUGUAGUUUAGUAGUUAGGAAGCCAAGUAGGCAAAUAGUGUAUUUUCUCUUCCAUGAAACAAGCUUGAUGAUAUAGAUUUGUUCUUAGUAUAAAAAUUCUUAGAAAAAAAAACUAACUUUAUGGUAUUUUUGUUACUUUGCUUUUCUCUGGGAUUGGGCAAUGGUAAUUAUGAGUUUUGGUCAUACAACUAGGCACUAGCUAUGUUAUGAUUGAGAAAAGACCAACAUCUGGUGUGUGAGUGUGUGUCCCCGCAAGAAAUAUAACAAUAUGUUUGAAAGAGCCUCUCGAUCUGGUAGUAGGUGUAGAUGGUUGUAUAAACUAUAGUGAGCACUAUAUGGUUCAAAUUCUCAUUUACCUAACAAACAAACAAUUGAAAACAGGCACAAUAUCAUUGUCCGCAAUAUAAUGCUCGCCAUAAUGGCUAUUCCAUACAUUUACACCCACAGUUAUAU